CCGAAGACGCGUUGCUAUUAAGCUGCAGACCAUCUCCCCAGAAACCCAAUCCACCUCCAUCAUCAACCUUUACUAUGGCUGAUAAUCUUACUGACGACGAACCGCCGACCAUUGAUCCUUAUGAGGUCCUCGGUCUUGAGAGGUCAGCAACUGCCGACCAGGUUAAGUCGGUAUAUCGCAAGCUCGCAUUGAGGACCCAUCCAGACAAAGUUCAAGAAGGCGAAAAGGAGGAGGCGCAUAAGAAGUUCCAGUCUGUUGCCUUCGCAUACGCUGUGCUGUCCGACGCAGCCCGCAGAAAGCGAUACGAUGAGACAGGCUCGACUUCGGAAUCGAUUGUCGACUCUGACGGCUUUAGCUGGUCUGAUUACUACCGAGAACAAUUCCGCGAUGCUAUCUCGGACGAUGCUAUCAACAAGUUUGCCGCGAAGUACAAAGGCUCGGACGAAGAGAAGGACGACCUGCUCGUCGCAUACGAAACUCACAAGGGAAACAUGGACAUGAUCUACGAGACGGUCAUGCUCAGCAACGUUCUGGAAGAUGAUGAACGUUUCAGACAAAUCAUAGAUGAAGCCAUCGCUCAAAAUGAUGUCACCGCAUUCAAAGCCUACACCAAGGAAAGCAAGAAGUCGAAGGAGGCCCGAGUCAAGGCGGCUCGAGGUGAAGCGAACGAGGCAGAGGAGUACGCUAAGGAGCUUGGGGUACAUGAGAAGUUGUUUGGCGGCAAGAAGUCGAAGGCGAGCAAGAAAGGAUCAUCCGAAGACGAUCUUGCUGCGCUGAUCCGACGCAACCAAGGGGGUCGAAGCAAUUUCCUCGAUCAGAUUGCUGCUAAAUACUCCGAACCCUCAAAGGCAAAGAAGGGCAAGAAACGAUCCAUCGAGGAAGACAUGCCGUCGGAGGAUGCCUUUCAAGCUGCGGCGGCGAGACUAAAGAAGAAGAGCGAUGCAGAGGAGAGCGCACCGGGCAAACCUAGUCGCGCGAAGAAAGCAAAGAAGUGAUCGUUUCCAGGUUUUCUGUGUAGUACGGCGUAUUUGGAGUUCAUGAUCAGGCUGACAAGGGAAUGGAAGCAACUUGGGGGGUUUGCAUUAGGUUUGAUUGACUUUCGUACUCGCGGGCUGCCUACCGCAGGUUCUUGAGCUCCCUCUUGAUAUAUUCGCAUAGAAGUGAAGAACAAAAUCAAUAUCUUUCAUUCGUACCUCCCUGCCGUAAUAAUUAUUUACCCCUAAGCAAGUAAAAUCAUCGUCUACAGGACUGUUCAAGGUGUGACAAUCACCUGGUCGACAGCUGACGCGG